GCAUUUGAGCAUCAUUCGAGUGCUGUCACGCGACGUGUGUACAAGUAAAAAGGCAAUCGAACGGUACUGUCUCCUCGCUUGUUUCACCGUGUGGUUAACCCGUUUCGGACAGUGCUUUGCCUUGAUGGUAAAAAUAAAGCAGAAUAUUUUGUCAGAUUCUUCCGAUUUGUAGUGUGAAUUCGGUGUUAAAGCUUACUGGAAAUGGUAAGCAAGUUGUUUGUGCUCAUUUUUGAAUUGUUGUGGAAAUUGGACAUACUUUCUCUAGUGCCCAAAAUACAGAUCUUUGAACGCCUAGUUUUUGUGUGGUAUGCUAGGAACAGUUUCUUGCUGAUGAAGUAAUUCCAUUGAAUUUCUACGAUUGUGUGCGUAAUUGAGGCCGUGGCAUUUUAUGUGUGUAAAUACUUUCCGCUUCGUUGUGUGCGUGUUUUGUGAGCUGGACCGUGUGAAGCAUUGGUAGUGAAAAGAAACAAAACAAAAUAAGAAAAAAACAUCAAGAAGAAGACUUAGUCAGAUAUUCAAGAAAGGGCAAGAUGUACCUAACAAAAUGAACAGUAUAUUUUGCUAGAUGCUGAUUCGAUCGUAUUGGUGCGACGGAAAAAAGACGGAUCUGCACGAGAAGCUGCAGUAGAUCUUCAAUAACAUACGGGAGUUGACUAUCACACAACGACUGCAGCUGAACAGAACGGAACGAGCGAUUUCAUAAGUAAGCUUUGCCUCCAGGAAAAAAAUUGCCACCCUGGCCGUUGGACGAAACGACAAUCCGACAUAAACACGACCGACGAGUCCAUCGAACGGAAUCAGUAAAUGAGGAUCUGAAGGACAAGAACGAGUUCCCCGUAGUUCAGUCGAAGAAAUCGAAUGCGAAUACGAAGUAAAAACAAAAAUAGACAAUAAAGACGACGACCGACGAAGAAAAGCAACGAAGGAGAAGGAGAGCAGGUAUUUUUUUCUUCUUGAAAAAAAAUCACUCGUCGAGGAAGGUUGGCGCGAAGCUGAAAUACCGGGAAGAUUGCGAGAGUAAACUUCCGAAGUGAAGUGUGAUACAACCUCUCAUGGGGACUAGGCAUAGUCGCCGACAACUGCAGCAACAGCAAGAGAACCAAGUGCAGACGGAACCGUGUCAAACGCAACGCCAGCAUCAAUCGUCGACGGUUGCAUCGUCGUUGGCAGUUGGCAGUUGGCCGGACGGCGGUGAGUGUGUCGAAAACGAUUCAGAUGAGCAGGAGUCUGCUAGCAGUAGAAGAAGCAGUAGUAGUUUGGUCAUAAAGAUCUGUAUGCUGAUGAUGGAACCCAGCAAAGAGGCUACAUCGGCGGAUAGUGGUGAAGAGUCACAAACGGCUACAACGGUGGCAGCUCAGUUAGAUGCUGAUUCAGAGCGAUCGGAACCGAUGGAACCACCAAAAUGUGGUUGCUUUCUAAACAGCAGUUCUACAUCAAAUGUUACUUUGACUACCAACAGUACCAGUAGCGGAAGUUCCUUAUUGUCUUCAGAAAACGUGUACGGUGGGGGUAAUAACAGUCAGACCCAAACCACCGCAUCAAGAUGUGGCUGCCAUUGCAAUAACGAUAGUGUCAACAACAAUGAACCGAUUAUUAACAACAUUCAUUCAGUGAUAACAAGCACGACCGCAGAAACGAGAGCAACCGCUUCAUCUGCUGCAGCGAGUGAUUGUGCAAACAACAAUGAUGUUGCUUUGAUAAGUGAUAUUCUGAACAAUCAUCAUAAUCUGCUGCAUCAUCAUCAUCUUCAUCAUCAUCACCACCACCAUCAUCACCAUAUGCCAUCGUGGACGUGUCCAACGUCUUCCCUGUUGGCGACGGUCACGACAGCACCUUCGGUUGCUACUACGUCUUAUCCUGUCAGUAUGGUCACUGACAUCGCGAGUAACAAUGCCAACGUAUUGACUCGUACUAUGCAGCAGCAUCAACAGCAUUUGCGACAACAGCAAUUACUACUCAAACCUAUAUCAACCGCAGUUCCUUCCACCAGUCCAGGCCCAGUAAGUCCCAGUUUGAUGCUAACGGCCAGUACCGUUUGUGAAAUGAGUGAUAAAUUGAGUGAUUUGAAUCUGACCAACAACAAUAACAACAACAGCACCAGCAAUAAUGGUCCCGGUUGUGGUAGUAAUGAGGAGCAUCCUUUCAGCGUCGGAGAAUGUCCUCGAUGUGCGGUUGCAUCAGCGAAGCAAAGCUCUAUCGGAGAGACGGAGGAAAAGAUUCUGAACACCACGCCGGGUAGUGAGAAAGAACCAACAAAAACAGAUGCGCCUGAGAUGAAGGCAAAAGAGACACCACCAUCGUCGUCGUCAACAGCGGGCAUGACUGCGUCGACGUUGCUCAGUUCACUCACGUCGUCCGGCAAGAAAAAUCGCGCCUGUAAAUGCUGUCGCAGUUCCAAUUGUGCCAACCAGGGAAACAGCAGCAGUAACAGCAGUAAUAAGUGUAGUAACAACAAGUCAAACUCCAGUUUUAGCGGCACAAAAUCGACUAACGCUAAAUCGAAGAAGGGCAACUGGGGACUUAAGUUCAACUGUGCCAAACUGCGUGGAACAAAGUCCAAUCAGGCAACAAUUACCGCGGUAAACGAGUCAGGUUCCUCUGGUACCAAUUCUACGGCGAUGUCCGAUGCUGCCGGUACUCACUCCCGCAGUAGUGGCUCAUUAGUUUCUGCUCCUACGUCUAUCGUCGCAGGGUCCUCCUCAAGCAGACUACUCAGUGGUGAAUCGGAACGAGCGGAUUCAUGCGUUUGUACUGCGUACCGUCGAGUAGAGGAUUUGCCUGCCUUCGUUCCUACCAACAUCGACUUCCCGAUGUCUUCGAACUCACUAAUGCUUCCUCACACCCACCCCAUGCAUCACCAUCAUUAUCAUGUAGAAGCAGAAAUCGCUGCAACAGCGUCAAACGGUGCUGGAGGCGGUGGUUCGGGCCUUCCCGCUAAUCAACCAAACCAUGCAUUCCUUUUUCCUCCGUCAACCGCGACUACCGCUCCGGCCGGUCAUCACGAUUGGAUACACGCACACCAUCACCAUAGGGCCACUGCGAUCAUUCACCGGAUAGACCGAAAUACGGCUCAGGCCUUACUUGGGACCGGCGCUCACCUGGCAGCUAAUUCGGUUCUCGUUGUUUCUUCGCCUGGAGUUUCUUAUAUCGCACGGUUUAACGGAGCCGAUGAUAUUUCCCUGGAAGAUUGUGAUGAACGAGCCCGACUUCAGCGGGAGUUAGAAAUACGAGAGGGUGUGGAUGUGCCCGGUCAUCUACCAGCAUCUUCACUGUUGGCUGGUGGUGUAGCCUGUGAUGGUUCUGCCGGGGCCAAUCAUCAGAUUGCUAUUGUUUGUGCUCCGGAUUCAGCAUCGGCACUAAAUCUACUGCAACGGCGGCUGAUGCUGUCGAACAAUUUACAGGCCGAGGAAAUGCUACGAGUACACUCGCAGGUCGAUUUUAUCCACUGCUUGGUACCAGAUCUUCAGAAGAUUACCGGCUGUUGCUUCUAUUGGGGAAAAAUGGACCGGUACGAGGCAGAGAAACUACUCGAGGGUAAACCGGAGGGAACGUUCUUGCUGCGUGAUUCGGCCCAAGAGGACUUCCUGUUUUCGGUUUCAUUCCGGAAGUACUGUCGAUCACUGCACGCUCGUAUCGAGCAGUUCAACCAUAAGUUCAGUUUCGAUUCACGUGACCCAGGCGUGUACACGUCCUCGACCGUGACCGGUCUGCUGGAACACUAUAAGGAUCCGUCCUGUGUGAUGUUCUUCGAACCGAUGCUAACACACCCGUUGAAGAGGAACUUUUGCUUCUCGCUUCAGCAGCUGUGUCGGGCGACGAUCGUCAGCAACACGACGUACGAUGGCAUCAAUGAGCUGCCGUUGCCAAAGUCUCUGAAAUCCUACCUGAAGGAGUAUCACUACCGGCAGCGAGUUCGCUUCAAGGUACUGGACGAACAUCUGUACUCGGAUGUGCCUCAUUCGUACACCGGUACGGGCUGGUAGUGGCAGCAACUUGGGCAGCAUCAACAGACGGAGUGUGGAAUUCGACGGAACGCGACCAACUAUUGGACUGCCCUGCUAGAGCUGGGUGGUUCCAAUGGUUGGCCAGAUCUGAUUGCGGCCGCUAUUGCCCGAGAGGAGCGCGAGGACGAGGAAACUUUGCGCCGCAUCCGAGCGGAAAGAAGUUUGAAGAAGCUGUUUUGCUGCUUUCGUCGCUGAGUUAGUAUAACUCGUUUUGUAUAGUUGUACAUUGCUUCAUCUGAUACACACUCUGAACCGGUAAUUCUCUAUUAUUUAUCACAACUGAUUACUGUAUAAUAAGUUAUUGUUUCACUUAACAAGGACUGCAACUGAUCAAUUCAAUUCCGGACAAUUUGAACAGACAAAUUGUGCAGAUUUGGUUAGCAAAAGUUUUAUUUGUGCUCGGUCAUCGAAUGAAUUUUCUGUGAUACGUUUUGGUUCCUUUUCGUCACUCUCGCAAAUCACUGAGAAAAGUUUUUUCUACUAUCCAGGCGAUUGGUUGCAGAUCUAUUCCUAGAUAUUGUAUUAUGUUGUAAAAUACUGCUGAAAAAACACAGUCUUUACGUUAACACGAGGUUUAUUUCCUUUUCUUGGCUUUGCAAAAAAUAUUAUAAGGUCUAGUAGUUAUAAUUACGAUGCAGUUCUAAGUAGCUUUGUAAGAGUGAACAGUUUCCUUCCUAACAAAUCUAUCGUGACUGAUUUAGAAGAAGUAGAACAAAACCUACGUAGAAGGUAUGAAAAGUAGACAAAUGCUAUUUGAGUGGAGAUUGAUAAGGAUAGCGGCAGAAUAGAACUAGCAGAAUGUAGUAAAAUAGCGAAUCUCACAGAGCAGACACGGUCUCGAUUUGUUGUAUUUUUGUUGAUUACUUUUAGUUUUGGGAAAUGAAUCAAGCAUAUACAAAUAGAGUCUAACUAUUCUACGCUAUAGUGUAUACGGUUGAAAAAAUCACAUAAGACCUCACUUAUAAACACACAAUCUCUCCAGUUGCCACACACACGCUCAACAAAUCGUAUAAAAUCCAAGCAUUGCAGAAAACUAAUAGAAACACACACAUAUUGAACAACAAACAUCGUACAACUAUUUGAUGAAUAUUACCUAAAGAUUAGAUCAACUCAUAUCCAGAACAUUAAUGAUAGUAAAAGUAAUGUCCAGUGAAAAUAAUAAAAAACCCAUCACUAUUGAAUAAUUGUAAUCCCAGCUAUUCUAACAGGUUCAAAGACAGAUAAAGCUAAACCCGGGUAAACGUUAAACAAAUAACAGUGGCUAACUAAUAAUCAAAUCAAAAUGAUAAACAUAGAAGCAAGUGAACGUUAAAUGUGUGAAAACCCAACUAAUGGAAAGGAAUAUACGUUCUGGUAGCUUAAAAUGCUAAGUAAAUAUAUACGAAAGCAAAACACAAUUGUAUGAAGAUUAGUGAUGGUAGAGCCAUUCAAAAAAGUGUAUGAUUAAAAUAAAUAAAACAAAAUAGUAUAAUCUAAA